GAUCCGCUGCUGUACGAACAGCUCAUCAUGACUGGAUUCCAUGCCUGCAUCCUUCUGGCUCUUGCCUGCGCCGCCUAUGGUGUCCAUGACGUGACGCCCUAUGGUGGUCUCGGCUACCACUAUGGUGGCCGACACGUCGGGGCGCACAGCACCUACGGCGCCUACGCUCCGACGUACGGUGUGUACAGUGCUCCUGUCUACCAUGUUCCCGUGUACCACACCGUGUCAGUCCCGGUCAAGUACGUCGUGCAGACCCCCGCUGUUGAGCCUAAGGAGGUGACCGAUACCUACGAAACUGAGCCUGCGGUGCCGGUGUCUGUGCCCAAGACCUACACCACCACUCCCGUGCACCACGCCGUGUCCGUCCCGGUCAAGUACGUCGUGCGGACCCCUGAGGUUGAGGCCAAGGAGGUGACCGAUACCUACGAGACCCAGCCUGCGGUGCCGGUGUCUGUGCCCAAGACCUACACCACUACUCCCGUGCACUCCACGGUGGCCGUACCCGCCGCCGCCAAAGAGGUCACCUACCCAACAUACCACCCGACCUACUACGGCUACGGAGUGUCUCCAUACGGCCUUAGCUACGGCUACGGAGUCGGAGGUUACCAAUAUGUUCCAGUCCUCAAAAAGUGUAAGUAA